GGCUUUUGUUGGCUUUGACCACAUUUGUUGCGGCCACCCGAGAGGCAUCUUGCCAGUUUGGCUCACGCGUCCUCCCGCCAUGAGCGAAAGCCCGCAGCGAUUGAUCACGUAUUUCUCCGACAAAGCAAAGGCGCCGAGGUGGGUUUGGGCGCCCAACCCUCAAUGGAGCCCUCGCAAGCGGGAGCGCCUUCCAGCGGAUAAGGAGAUGACGCCCGGCCCGAUUUACAGCCCCAGGCACCAGGGCCAGCGUACCGCCUGGCAGUUCGGCACAAGCAACCGAGAGUGGGAUCAUUUGCCCCGUGACUUCUGGCCGCAGCUGGCGCCGGGCGCCGCGCCGGACCAGUACAGCAUCAAGGCGCCCAAGCAGCGCCCGCUGUCCUUCGCCCGAGGCCCGAACCGGGUAGACUUCGAGAUCCCAGACACCCCCGGCCCUGGCCACCGAUCUACGGACAUUGCCGUGGAGCGCCCGAGACACCCCGCGUACAGCAUGGGAUCGAAGCCACAGUUCCUGUGGUCCACCUACGCUCCCGGCCGCCCCGCGAGAGGUGCAUCCGAUGUCUCCGAGACCCCGGGCCCCGGUGCCUUUAACGCCGGCACCCCCAGAGCGCUCACGCCGCGGACGCCGAAGACGCCGCGAACGCCUACGGUGGUGAGGAGGCCAGCCUUCCCAGAGCCCACAAGCCCGGGGCCGGGCCACUAUGAGCAGCGGGGCGGCUUCAAGUGUGAGGCAUCCCCACGGCGGCCCGGCUCCAGCAUGACAAGGCGCCCCAACUGCCCGGAGUCAGGGCCGCAGUGCCCCGUGUACACGCAGUUUGAUUCCUCUCACUGAAAGCCACUGAAGGCCAGCCCCCCCCCUCCCGUCCUCGGGUUUUCAUUAAGUGACGCAUGCGUCAGCGCGUGGCCUUGUGGCCAGUUAAUGUGAGGUGAUCUCUCACCGGUGCUGCAGCCCUUAGAUUGGAUUGCAGUGGCAAAUUCAGACAUCCCUCCGUUGCAAGGGAUAGAUGGCUGGGAGCCCCGAGGUUGGCU